AUGGAGAGAGUUGAGAGAUCUCCAAACUGGACUACAAAUGGAAAAAGGUGUGGAUUCCUAUAUAACGUAGUGGUAACAAAUGUCAAGGCGUCGCUGGAUUUAAAGAGAUCAGUAGAACUAAAGAAAUCAGUAAAAUAUUCAUCCACUCAGUCAAGAGAUGAAAAGGAUUCUGAUAACUUUUACAGUAACAAAUCAGGUUUAAAUGUUGAGAGCCAGUACAACUCGGCCCUAACAAUGCACUUUGUGUCUGAGGAUGGUACUGAGUGGAGCACUUCCUUGAUAUACUCGCCGUACUUUUACAUCUCAGUUUUACGUGAAGAGUUGAUGGAUAUCGCAUUACAGUUUCUGUAUAAUAACUUUAGAAGUCAUUCGAUAGGACCAGUGUUACUAGAGCCUUGUAGACGUAUAGACCUGUCACUGCCUAACCAUUUGGAGAAAGUUGACCCUGUUGAAGGAGUAAGUAAACAUAACUUGGCAAAAUUGAUUAAAAUCAGCUUUAAAACUAUAGACCAGCUUGAGCGAGGACGUGACAUGAUAAUAUCACUGAAACGCCAAUUUGAAAAGGAUAAUCAAAUAAAUGAGUCAAAAAAUGAAUAUGACGAAUUUGAUGAAGAUGUUUUCACAUCAAAUUAUCAAUCAAAAACGCAAUAUGACACAUUUAACACAGGGUCAAAGGAUAAUGAAAUAUCAGUAGAUGGCAUGGGAUUAACUCAAAAAUAUGCCUCAAACUCAGUAUUAAGAAUCAUUGGUGACUUAUAUGAACAUGACGUUUUAUAUAUAAAUAGAGUUUGUAUAGACUUAGGAAUAAGGUGUGGUACAUGGUACGAGGUCAGACGUGAGGAUUUUAAUGUAUCAGUAACACCUCUGGAAAAGACAAGUGUACCUCCACUUAACGUGUUUGCAUGGGAUAUUGAGUGUUACAAGGCGCCUCUCAAGUUCCCUGAUAUGGAAACUGACGAAAUUAUGCUCAUCUCAGUCAUGUUCAACGGUCAGGGAUAUUUAAUAGUAAAUCGUACAAUAGUCUCAAGAGAUAUUGAAGAAUUCCUCUACCAGCCCAGAGAAGACAUUGUAGGAAACGCUUGUUUCAAAAUUUAUAAUGAAAGAACUGAGCGUGACUUGUUGAUGAGGUUUUUUUACCUAAUAAACUAUUUGAAACCGCAUAUAUUUGUAACAUAUAACGGAGACAACUUUGAUUUCCCAUACGUAAAUCGUAGAGCUGAGAUUAACGGGAUACACAUGAACAAGGUGUCAGGAUUACAUCUGUCAAGUGAACUGUUUCAACACGCCUCAAUUUUGAAUAUGGACUGUUAUAAGUGGGUAGAAAGAGAUUCUUAUUUACCAUUUGGGUCCAGAACUUUGAAACAAGUUUGUAAACUAAUGUUAAAGUAUAAUCCGGUAGAAAUUGAUCCUGAGGACAUGGUACAUUUGGCCCGAGUUACACCUCAGAAACUGGCAGUUUACAGUGUUUCAGAUGCUGUGGCAACUUAUCAUUUGUACAUGAAGUUUAUACAUAAUUUUAUCCUGGCACUUAGUUACAUUGUACCUCUAGCGCCAAAUGAAGUAUUAAGACAAGGUGCUGGAACACUGUGUGAAAAUUUACUCAUGGCACAGGCGUACGCUAAUAAUAUUUUAUUCCCAAAUAAACAUAUCCAGAAGGCGAUUCGGUUUUAUACAAACCCGGAAACUGAGAGACAGCAUUUAGUGUAUGAGAAUACGUACAUUGGAGGUAGAGUUGAGAGCCUAAGGUGUGGAAUUUUCAGAGAUGACCAGGCUGAGAAUUUUGAACUCUCAGCAGCAACUUAUGAUGAUCUCAUUAAUAACCUAGAGAACUCACUCAUCUACUGGGCUAAACAUUCCAAUAUCAUUAGCACAAUUGGGGAUAAUACCCGAGUUGAAGACUUUACUAUGGCAGAUAAUUCGCAGUCCAGUGCCACGGACAAUACUAACAAUAUUGUUACUGAGGAAACCCAUGUAGAACCCGUAGCAGAACGUGUACCAGAACCCGUAGGAACUCCGUCUGCAAGAUUGAGGAGGAUAUUUUCAAGAUUUGACAAUUUUGAUCAAGUAUAUAAGGAACUAUGGGUGAGAUUAAGUAGGUUGAGAGACGAGCCUACGGUGAGGACAUAUCCCAGAAUCUACCACUUAGACGUAGGAGCCAUGUACCCUAACAUUAUUAUAACGCAGCGUCUACAGCCUACAGCAAUAGUAGAUGAAAAAUUCUGUGAAAAAUGCUCAUACUACUCUGAGUCUGAGCGAUGUCAGAAGCGCAUGAGGUGGAAACAGCGACUAGAAAUCUCACCCAUAGACAAGAGUCAAAUCUUAGUAGUAAUGCAGAACCUAAAGGCCCGUACGUACCAACCCUCGGAAAUGUCAUUUUAUCAUCAUGAGGAGGCUGCUGAGGACUCAGAAGCUGAAAGUGACACGCCGGAAAACGAGCCUAAAUUAAAAUUACGCACGUGGGAUCAGCUUACAGAGCGUGAAAAGGGCGCACAUUUACAACGUGCAGUAAAGGCGUGUUCUCAGAAAAUCUUUAAAAAGACGCGUAUAUACAAGGAGGCUGACGUCGAGAGUAUUAUAUGUCAGCGGGAAAACCAUUUCUAUGUGCAGACAGUACAAACAUUCAGAGACCGUCGUUACGCAUUUAAACACUUGAAAAAAGAAGGUGAAAAUGAGUUAAAAGAGUUGAUAAAAAAUGGUUGCACUGACCCAGUCCUCAUGAAAACCGUUAGAGAGAAAAUAUUAAUUAAUGACUCACUACAGCUGGCCUACAAAUGUAUCUUGAAUAGUUUCUAUGGAUAUGUAAAGAGAACAGGUUCUAGAUGGUAUAGCAUGGAAAUGGGCGCCAUCGUGACCUACACCGGCGCAUCAAUCAUCGAUUCUGCCAGGAAACUUAUUGAGAAAAUUGGAAUCCCAAUCGAACUCGACACCGACGGGAUCUGGUGCAUGCUACCAGACAUCUUCCCAGCCGUACUAGAUCUCACAUACACCGUACACACACCCGAAGGUGACAAGAAGAAGAGUGUGGAGUUGGAGUAUAUGACAACGGUGUUGAAUAUGUUGAUAGCUGAGGAGUGGACGAAUGAGCAGUAUUUAGACUUGGAGGAUUCGGGUCGUUAUGUGACGGUGCAGAAAAAUGAGAUUUUCUUUGAGCUUGACGGGCCAUGGCAUGCGAUGUUUCUACCAGCCUCGGAGAAGUCAGAGGAGCUAUUAAAAAAACGUUACGUGGUUUAUAAUCAUAACGGGCAAAUAGUUGAGUUAAAGGGUUUUGAGAUUAAGAGACGUAGUGAAAUGAGGAUGAUUCAGUUAUUCCAGGAGGAUAUUUUUCCACAGUAUUUGAUGGGCCAGACUAAGGAACAGGCAUACCAAAAUGCAGCAAAAGUGGCCGUGUCAUACAGGAAAAUAUUAGAUACCAGAGCGUCAGACUUAGCUGACGAUGAUCUUUUUGACCUUUUGCUGUCCAAAAAAACAGUUAGAAAAGCUGUGAUAGAACAGCCGCACCAAAAGUGUUUUGGCAUAACAUCAGCUCGGAGACUCUCAGAACUGUUCAAAAACGACACGUACUUAAAUGAUGCAAAUUUGUCAAUGUCAUUUCUACUAGCGUCACAGCCGUCAGAUGCGCCAAGAACUGCUCGAGCAAUACCAAUCCAGACUUUUAAAGUUGAUAAAACUGUACGGUCACAGUUUCUGGCUAAAUGGCUUAAAAUUCAACUCUCUACAGCAAUGAGAAUGUCAUCCCGUGAUAUCCUCGACUGGAAUUAUUACAAGGAAAGGAUAGAUACGCAGAUAUUGAAACUGGUAGUUUUACCAGCAAUCAUGCAAGGAUUAGUUAAUCCUGUACCACAAGUCGAGUUACCCAAGUGGGUCAAACGCAAACAAUCAAUCCUAGACAACAAACAUCAUACCAUCUCAUCUUACUUUACCGUCACCAACCACAAUACUGUUAACACUGUUAACACUGUUAACACUGUUAACACCGUGAAUAAUACGAAUAGUGUUAAUAUGAAUAGUGUAAACUCAGUAAGUAGUGUAAACUCAGUAAGUAGUGUAAACUCAGUAAGUGGUGUGAAGGAGGAUUUGUUGGAUUGGUUGGACGAGUUGAAGAGGAGGUGGAUAAAGAGUGUGAUAAACUUUAAGAAUAUACAGAAAAACACGUAUAAUAAGAUAAAUUACAACUUAUAUAAAGAGUUGAAACAGAAACUAUUAAAUAAUAAAGCACACGGAUUAGAUUUUGAUGACUACUACUCACUGUUCACCGAAACAUGGCAUAUACUCGAUUUCACACUUGAUCCCACCGAUUGUGGAUAUUUGAAUUGUAAGGUUUCGGUGUAUAAUAAGCCGGUGAUAUUAAAUGUGAGAAUGGAGUUGUGGCGUAAAUUAUAUGUCAACAGUAACUCAGAAUUUGAAGUUGGACCGGACCAGAACAUCCACUUGAAGGAGGUUAAGGAUAAAUAUUUCCUCCCUAGAGGGGCUAAUCAGAUGAGAUUAACUGAGGUGGAUAUGAAGGAGUCGUAUUUUAUCAAGAGUGUUAAAAAUUCCAUCAACGCAAUAUUACACAAAACUGAAGGCGUUUAUGAAUCUAAAAUCCCCGUCACAUUCGAUUUCAUCAGUAAAAUCGGAACCAUGAUCAAUAUACGCAAUUACUCUCCCAAUAACGUGUUGAGUGAUGGGAUGGAGUUUAAAUCGAAUAGUAUAAGUUCGAACAUAUCGUUGCAAACGGUUGAUUUGAAUUAUUUCAGUGAUUUCACCGUAACAUUCGUUCACAUCUUUCAAUCCAUCGAUAACGAUACCAAACGACGGAAUAGGAUAUUUGUGGGAGUAUAUAGUAGAGGAGAUCAAAGUGUGAAUAGGAUAUACAUAGGAGGACCAUCAGUAUUAAAGAAAUAUGAUGAACAAUUCACAGAUAUCUCAACCCCAAUAUUACAAAAAUAUAAGGAAAAAUGGACACAAUCCAAUGACGUGAUUGGCCAGUAUGUGAAUCCGUAUGUAUUUCCAGAUUGUUUUGGGCCUUAUUAUAAUCUUGACAUUGAAGGCCUAGAUGCAGCGUCAACAGCCUGUAAAAAUACAUUAAAGAAGGUUGACUCAUACCUUAACUCACUAAGACCCUCAAUCUCCAAAAAGAAACACUUUCUAUACAUCUACUCCUCAGUUGAUAAAUCCGAAUUGGGAGAAUGGUCAAGAGGCGAAUAUUAUCCGGUGUAUUUUGAUCCUUCUGGUAAAUCGCAUCCUCAAAUCCUGUCAAAUCUCUUUCUCAAAUCCUCGUUUGAAGAGUCGAUAUCACUGCUGUGUAAACACUUUAGCGUAUUUGAGGAGAAAUUAUCAUUAUCGAGGAUUUCUGCUAUUCCGAUCUUUGUUCUACUCUCACUUAAUACCCUUGAUACCUUCAAAUGCCUAUUUGAUGUCAUGUAUUCCAGAGCUCUCAGACUCUCCAAUACUUUACUUUGGGGAACGAAUGAGAGUGGUGUGGAUUUGGGAAUAACGCACUCGAAUAGUUCACAUUGUGACUAUGACAUACAAGAAAAUGAAAAUAAUUUCGAUUUCACGCUUCCUGGAAUCUAUAGAUCAUAUGGAGCGAAAAUAACCUUUAAUCAGUCGAUAAUGUACAAUGCAAUACUGCUGGAGUCUAAAAUGAGCGAUUACACUUUUGAUCAAAAUUACCAAAAAAAUGAUGAAAAUCCAGAAUUAGACCUAUACUCGUCCAUCUUUCAUCCCAACUCCUUCAAAAUACUUGGAACGAUGUUGGAGAAUUUGAUGAAUUUGACGAAUUUGGUGUACCAGAAGGUGGAUUACGUCACUUUUCAAAAUAUCGUCAACAUGUGCAGUUAUCUCAAAUCCUGGCUUUCAGAUCCAACCAGCAUCCUAUACGAUCCUGCUCUAUACUCCAUGGCGAUGGUUGGAACAAGACAAUAUUUGAUGAGACUGAUGAAGCAAUUAUUAAUAAAGCAUAAGCUGAAGACUAUCCAUGUGGAUCCAACGUAUAUAAUAGUCCAGUCUGACUGCAUAAGUAUAACAAAGGGGAGAAGCAGAAUUGAAGAAGCACUCGUUGAUUUAGCCUCAAAUCAGUCAAAAUUUAAAAACACUCCCUUCUACGUGGAAGAGGAGUAUGUGGCGAUGGUACAAAUUGAUAAGAACAAUUACAUAAGAUAUAAAAAUUACGUCGACGCAUCCAAAGAUAACUGUACCGAAAACUUAAAAGUACUCGAAUUCAUGCCAUUAGCCGUCGAAAUGUUCAUCAGAUAUUUUAUGAAGACGAUAACGUUGGAUCCGUUAUGGCGUAGUUUGAAAUCGUAUUACGAGGAUGAGAGUGGUGAGACUUCGGGUGACGGUAUAGAGCCGUUGAACUUGGUGCGUACGGAUUUCCAGCGCCUGUUAAAGAAGAUUCAGGACAUGAUAAUCCAUGACUGGCACCAGCCAGGCGCAUACUUUUCAAGGCUUUAUGACCUGAUUUCAGACACUGAAACCUUUACUAAAACCUUUGAUAAGAAUAAUAAACUUGUCAGAAUUGAAUUUCCCAGGUUACCAGGAACCACUCUAUCCGAUUCCGACGACUGGAGACUUGAAACUAUUAACCUGCUCCUACACAUCAUGAAAAUUGAUAAAUCACUCGAUUGGUCCAAUUUCUCACUCAUUUCUUCUUUUGACGAGAAGGUGCACAGAUUAUAUAUGUUAACGAGUAAAAGUGAAUACUGCGUAAAUACGUGGAAAUCACCCUCAAAGGAACUGGAAUUGAAAUCGCUGAGGUGCGGAAAUUGUUUUAUGGUGUCGGAUUUGGACAUUAUCUCAACCCUCUCAUACUCGCAAAAUGAUGACGACUCCAUCUCAUACUCCUGGCCUUGUAAGAUAUGUUUGAAGUCGUUUGAUAAUGUGCAAGUUGAAGCUAAAUUAAUACAAUACCUCGAAAACAUCUUCUACGCAUAUCAAGCUCAAGAUUAUGUGUGUCCUGUGUGUAAGAGUGUGAAGAAUAUAUACAGAAGAAGUAAUUGCACAUGUGGUAAAAGAUUUAAUAAUCGUUUAUCAGCAAGUUGUUGGGAAAAUUGUUUCUCAGUGGCGUCUGAAAUAGCCCAAGCGGCAAACAUGAAAAAUCUACAAGAAUGUCUCAUAAUAUUCAACGCCCUAAUCUAA